AUGUCAAAGAGGCUGCGGAAGCGGGAGAGCAUCCAAACACUAUUACAUUUCAAUCUAGUUCAGUUCUAUGGAUUUUGCUUUGAGAAAGAUCUGAGAGCACUAGUUUAUGAAUACAUGGGGAAUGGCUCUCUUGACAAGUAUCUGUUUCAUGAAAACAAGACCCUAAAAUAUGAAAAGCUUCAUGACAUUGCAGUUGGAACAGCAAGAGGCAUUGCAUACUUGCAUGAAGAUUGUCAACAAAGAAUAAUCCACUAUGACACCAAACCAGAAAAUAUUCUCUUGGACAGCAACUUCAAUCCUAAAGUUGCUGAUUUUGGAAUGGCUAAGCUUUGCAAUAGGGAAAUAUCUCAUAUAACUAUGACUGGAGGUAGGGGCACUCCUGGUUAUGUUGCCCCUGAGAUUUGGAUGCCACUUCCUGUAACUCACAAGUGUGAUGUUUACAGCUUUGGAAUGUUAUUAUUUGAAAUCGCGGGAAUGAGAAGAAACUUGGACAUUAACCUUCUAGAAAGCCAGAAGUGGUUUCCAAUAUGGGUUUGGAAAAAAUAUGAUGCAGGAGAAUUAGAAGAAGUAAUAACGGUUUGUGGAAUAGAGGAUAUUUAUAAGGAAAUGGCUGAAAGAAUGGUUAAGGUUGCAUUGUCGUGUGUUCAGUAUAGGCCAGAAUCAAGACCAAUAAUGAGUGAUGUGGUGAAAAUGUUGGAAGGUUCAGUGGAAAUCUCUAAACCUUUGAACUCAUUUCAGAAAAUCAUGGAUGGGACUUUCUCUGAUCAUUUAGUCCAAGAGUCACGCACCAAUGCUAGUAAAAGUAUUAAUUCUAGCUCUUCUGCUACGGUAACAGAACCAGUAGUUGUACAUGAUUCUAUGAGGAGAAGAUCCGAGACCAACACUGAAAGCAGCUCAGACAUAUUCCUAACUAACAUAAUGGAUAAAUUUUCGAGCAAUGUGGGAAGUGAAAAGCCAAUCAGGUAUACUGCUAAGCAGCUCAGGAUUGCAACUGAUAACUACUCUACCUUGUUGGGUUCAGGAGGUUUUGGACAAGUUUAUAAAGGAAAUUUAAGUGAUGGAACCACUGUGGCUGUGAAGGUUCUACGCGCGAACUCAGAUAAGAGAAUACAGGAACAGUUAAUGGCAAAAGUGAGUACAAUUGGAAAAAUCCAUCAUUUCAAUCUAGUUCAGUUCUAUGGAUUUUGCUUUAAGAAAGAUCUGAGAGCACUGGUUUAUGAAUACAUGGGGAAUGGCUCUCUUGACAAGUAUCUGUUUCAUGAAAACAAGACCCUAAAAUAUGAAAAGCUUCAUGACAUUGCAGUUGGAACAGCAAGAGGCAUUGCAUACUUGCAUGAAGAAUAA